AUGCCUUUGCACGUCAAAGCAUCUGCGCAACAACCGCAUCAACAGUCGUACUCGGGCAAGUGCCAGUACAAAACGGGCAAGUGCUUCAACGAACGGACGCUCAAGCGCAAUGGCGACGCGCACUCGCUGUGCGAAGAGCACCGCGUGAAGCAAAACAUGAUCCAACGUCGCAGCGAUCGCAAGUACCAGACGGUGCACGCGAUCCGUCGUCGUGAACGAUCGCUGCGUCGCGCGGUCCUGAAGAAACAGGUCUCCAUGGCCGUGGCGCAGCAGCUCUUUUACGAGCACCAGCAGCAGAAGGUGCUGGCGACGCCCCUACGGUCUCCGCACCAUCCCACGCACGUGCACGCGACGGACGGCAACAACUGUACCACUGCGACCCCACGUCCUGCUGCUGCACAUGUGAGUCAGGUGCCUCCUAUCCGCGUCCCACAGCCGUCGUUGGCCUCGUUGAUGGACGACGGCAAAGACGGGGCGUCGUCGCCGCUGGUCUUGUCGUUCGAGCCGCAGCAUGCCAACUGCAGAGGCAAUGGGUUCAAGGCCGUGAACAAGACGCUGGCGUCAGUUGCAGCGACCGCCUGUUCGGCGAACAGCGGCAAGGACGAGUCGACGCCAACGGGGAUCGACAACUACAUGCCCAGCUCGUUCGUGCACUUGCCGAUGCCCUUUGGCGUCCACACAAUGCCUGCGCUGAGCGACGACGAGCUGGACGACAUUAGUCUGCGCGACAACUUUGGCUACAUGCCGAUUGUGUCGCGCUCGGGGGACAAGGAGACGUGGAGCGACGACGACAUUGAGUUUUUGCAGACUCUGUUGCUGGCAUAG